AUGUAUGCCACUGUGCCACUCACUCGCUAUCCAACUCAUUUAUCGCUACAAAGUAGCAUCAGCUUAAGUUUGAUUAUCUCCACUGAGCUGAGUGUGCUCUUUGUUGUCCGUAUUCAUGCAAGCACAAGUACAUACAAAAAAGCUCUAGAUCCAGCAUUUAAUGCAGAAUAUAGCACGCUUGGUGGUUUAACCAGUAUAUGUUUGCAUUGCAAUGCUAAACAUUUUAAAUGUGAAAAGGGAAGAAAUGAAUUCCUUACAUGCUGCCACGGUGGGAAAGUGCAGAUACCGAUACCUCGCGUACCUGAUUUUUUGGAAAGGGUUUUUGAAAAUAAUUUGAACUCUUUCCGGUCCCAUUACUUAGAGAAUAUAAGACAAAUAAAUAGCUCAUUCGCUUUUGCUUCUUUUGAAGCUAAAAUUGUAGAGCCACCAGGACGUGGCCCUUAUUGUUUUCGGAUACAUGGAUCAAUUUACCAUCGAGUGAGUCCUCUUCAUGCUAAUAAUGAUUCAAACUCAUUAUACGCACAGCUUUAUAUACUUGAUACUGACCAAGCCACUGACAUUCGACUACAAAGGAAUGCAAAUUGCGAUAGUUCCUUGGUGAAAUGCCUACACGAGAUGAUAUCAACCGUGAAUCCCUUAGCCCGUCAGUAUAAAUUUAUGGCACAAGUUGAACGCGAGGAGGAACAGAGGGCACGACAGGCAAAUCGAGUUCCGCACAAAGUUAGCAUGAUUUUCUUCAGUAGUCAUGCGAAUCGGCGUUAUAAUUUGCCUAACUGCUCAGAAAUUGCAGCCGUUUUCACAACCGAGGAUGGUGAACCACCGGCAAGGCGUGAUUUGAGAGUAUUUUCUCACAGCUCAGAAACACAGUAUUGCACCACGAUUUCAACUUUACAUAGAUUAUGCGAUCCCUUGGUUUACCCUCUUUUAUUUCCCUAUGGUGAGCCAGGAUACGACGAAGCACUACUACAUGAGCAAGAAUACAAAACAAGUCGCAGGUUCAGGGUCACACAGUUGCAAUUCGUUGGAUAUCGAAUGGCGAUUCGAGAAGGUUUCAGCUUACUUCAUGCUUCAGGUAAACUUUGGCAACAAUAUUUAGUUGAUCAGUACGUUAGAAUAGAGGGUGCAAGGUUGGCGUUUUUGCGUAAUCACCAACAUCAGCUUCGAGUUGAAACAUAUGCUGGCUUACACGAUUAUGUUAUGCGUCAAGCAGAACUAGAAAAUGCACGCCCUGGUCGCAUUGUCGUUCUGCCUUCCAGUUUUCCAGGCUCACCUCGCAAUAUGAAUAUGCAUUACCAAGAUGCCAUGGCUAUUGUUAGAAAACAUGGAAAGCCGUCACUUUUCAUAACUUUUACCUCUAAUCCAAAAUGGCCUUAG